AGAUUCAACUUUGCUGAAGCAGCCGUCCAACACUUCACAAUGAGGAUCGUUCUUCUUCUCUGUGCUGCCUUCGUUCUGAGGGUUGCAACAGAGGAGGGAUUUUCGCCAACCGAGGUGGCUGAAAGUGGGAAAGGUUGUCUGCCUGAUUGGAAGCAACGUGGAUCCAGAUGUUUCAAACUCUUCACCACAUUGAUGACUUGGAUCGAUGCAGAGAAACAUUGUGUGUCACUUGGUGCCAACCUCGCCUCCGUCCACAACCUGAUAGAACAGAAUUUUCUCUUCAAAAUGGUGUCAGGGACAAAGUACACAAGGGCCUGGAUCGGUGGCUCAAAUGCUGUUGAAAUCUCUACGUGGUUAUGGAGUGAUGGAUCCAUGUUUAAUUACACUAACUGGGACCGUGGUGAGCCGAAUAACUUGUAUAAUCAGGAAAAAUGCAUGGAAAGUAUCCUUGAAGCCUCACCCUUGUUAGGGUGGAAUGAUCUCAAUUGUGAAGAUAGUCGUCCCUUCAUCUGUGGAACAAAACCAGAUGUUCCACUUAAACUCCCUUAAUCAAAAUGUGUUCGGUGUGUGUGUGUGGUCUUCUACAGUCAGCACAGGAUCACAAGUUUAUAACCUUUGUAGAUCAGAUGAAACUAUCAGAACCAAUAAGAUUUCUGUAUUCUGCAUUUGGAAAAUAAAGUUUUUCCUCUUA